AAAAGCAAAGUUCAGCUGGUGACGUCAUCACCAAGAUGGCGGUCCCGGUCCGAGUUUUGUGUCGGAAAAACUUCAUUUUCCAGUUUGCUGCGGCUCUCAGCUUCGCACCUCGUGUUGUACUCACUAACCAGUUCUGUACAUCAGGAACUCACAACUGUGAUGAAGUGAGUAAAGCCCAGGCAGCAGCCGAGGCCAGACAGAAGUACGGAAACCCGGAGCCGACCAUCUUCGACAAGAUCCUGGAUGGGUCCAUUCCUGCAGACAUCAUUCAUGAAGAUGACCAGUGCAUAGCCUUCCGUGAUGUGAGCCCACAGGCACCAAAACACUUCCUGGUCAUCCCCAGGGCACCCAUCCCUCAACUCAGCAGGGCACAGGACGAUGACUCACAGCUACUUGGUCACUUACUGACUGUGGCAAGAAAGACAGCAGUGAAGGAAGGGCUAGACAAUGGGUACAGAGUAGUUAUCAAUGACGGGAAAGACGGGUCCCAGUCAGUGUACCACCUACACAUCCACGUACUGGGCGGCAGGCAGAUGGGAUGGCCACCAGGCUAGUUACCAUGGUAACUGGGAGGGAAUCUACCAACCAAAGUCAACAUCUUUAAGUUGAUAGAAUUUAGUUGGAAGACUGUAAAAUAGUAUGAAAGGUGCAAAACACCAUAAUCAAGUUAUAAAUCCUGGUGGCAAUGCACAGACAUAGACUAAUGCAUUGUACGGUACAGUGAAACCUGUACAAAGUGACCAUGUCUACAGAUGUAUAACCUACCUAAUGUGACAGCUUUUUGGAGGUCCCUAAGAUAAUUUGUCCCCAUUGUAACAAGCUGUAAGAAUCCUGUCUAUAUUAUAGGACCACCUGUCCUCAUAGACCAGCUUUUAUCCAUCCCUUGAUUUGUGUUCUUGGUCAGGUUUUGCUGUAUUGUAAUACCGAAAAAUGAAAUGAUACUGUAAGGUAUUUUUACAUGGUGG